UCCCAGUCGCACUGUCCAACCCGGUCAGACGUCUUCGAGCCCUUGCGCCUCGUUGCGCCAAUCCCGACAACUCAUUGAUACACAAUGGCAAUGGCAUCCUCAGGCCGCGCAAUACAGUACACUAUCCCGGCAAGGGAAGACUUCAACAAGCUACCUGACGAGCAGAAAACACGCAUCAACGAGGCAUUCGACCUUUUCGACUCCAACAAAGACGGCCUCCUCUCAUACGAAGAAUUCCGCUUCGUCCUCCGCGCGCUAGGCUUCGAACUACCCAAGCCGCAAACCUACGACCUGCUGAUACGCCACGGGCAAAAGCCCGCCAACUGGCCACACGACCAGGACUGCGCGCCCGUGUACCGUCAGUUCAACCUACCGACAACUCAGGCCAUCGCCGGGACGUUAAUACGUGGACGUGACCCACGAGAAGAGCUGCGGCGCGCCUUCCGCCUAUUCGAUACUGAGGGGAAGGGCAUGAUCACGCAGGAGGAUCUGAGGAAGGUCAGCAAACAAGUCGGGAACAACAUACCCGAUGCAGACAUCGUGGCCAUGAUCGAGGAGUUUGAUGCGUCGGGGAAAGGUGGAGUGGACGAAGACGAGUUUCUGAGGUUGAUGUUGUCCAAAAAGUGAAGGCUUUUGCAUCUCCGUGGCGGUGGCGGCGCGAUACCCAGGCGGUUUAUGUUUGUGUUGCCUGUUUGGAUGAGCACGGGUUGUCAGACUCCCUUAAAGGACGGCUCGAAUUCUGGGUUACGAUAUACUACAGCACAUUGCAGCAUGGGCAUUUUGCAUUCCGCAAUAUACUCACCUAAUACCUCG